AGAAGGCGGCGGUUAUGUACCCUAACGUCUGCUAACCGUCACAAAUCAUACAAGAAGAAGAAAACGAAGAAGUGGCUAGUGAGCUAGCCUAGCUGCAGGCUUUAUUUAGGGAAAUAUGGCUGCUGUGCUCCCCGUCAGACCCUGCGAAAGCAACCCUGCUACUCCUGGAGCACAAUCCAUAAAGGAAGAUGUAAUAGAAGAGGAGUCCAAUGAUGGCAGCCAGCCUCCGAAGAGAAGGAGAGUCUGUUCAGGGGACAGCUCUCGAAGCUUCGACACCUCCAGUCAAGACCUUGGCCCGACAUAUUUCCCAGCAGAGAACCUGACAGAGUACAAGUGGCCUUCAGAUGACACAGGAGAGUAUUACAUGCUGCAGGAGCAGGUCAGCGAGUAUCUGGGAGUCACAUCCUUCAAAAGAAAGUACCCUGAUAUGGAGAGAAGAGACUUGUGCCACAAAGAGAAGCUUUACCUGCGUGAACAGAACGUCAUUACUGAAACACAGUGUACUCUGGGUCUGACAGCUCUGCGUAGUGACGAGGUGAUAGAUAUGAUGAUAAAAGAGUAUCCCAUCAAACACUCAGAGUAUUCAGUCAUACUGCAGGAGAGAGAACGGCAGAGAAUAGCUAAAGAGUACGCUCAAAUGCAGACGCAGAACCCUCAGAAAGUGGAGGCCAGCAAGGUUCCCGAGUACAUUAAGAAGGCAGCUAAAAAAGCUGCAGAGUUCAACAGUAACUUCAACAGGGAGCGUAUGGAAGAGAGGAGAGCUUACUUUGACCUCCAGACACAUAUUAUUCAGGUGCCCCAGGGCAGGUUCAAGGUGCUGGCUCCAGAUCUGACAAGGACAGGGCCUUACCCUGUGGCUCUCAUACCAGGACAGUUCCAAGAAUACUACAAAAGGUACUCUCCCAAUGAGCUGCGAUACUUGCCAUUGAACACAUCUCUGUUUGAGCCUCCGCUGGAUCCAGAGCUCCCUGCGCUGGACUCAGAACCAGACUCAGAUGAUGCGGAGGAUGGCAAGGGUGACAAAAAGAACAAGAACUCAUCUGACAGUUCCUCAGGCAACACAUCAGAUGUGGAGAGCCAGGAGGGAGGAGGUAGACCGGGCCACAAGUCCAAGGCCAAAGACAGGACAUCCACGCCGGGCAAAGACGGCAGCCAGCGCCAUUCUGCCUCCCACAAAGCCACCCCAGGGUACAAGCCUAAGGUCAUUCCCAAUGCUAUAUGUGGCAUUUGCCAGAAGGGUAAAGAGGCCAACAAGAGGGGCAAACCAGAGGCUCUCAUUCACUGCUCCCAAUGUGAUAACAGCGGCCACCCCUCCUGCUUGGACAUGAGCAAGGACCUGGUGGGGGUGAUCCAGACGUACCGCUGGCAGUGUAUGGAGUGUAAGACGUGCACCGUGUGUCAGCAGCCCCACCAUGAGGACGAGAUGAUGUUCUGUGACAAAUGUGACCGAGGAUACCACACGUUCUGCGUAGGCAUGGACUCCAUACCUACCGGUCUUUGGGUAUGUGAGGUUUGCGACAAAGAUUUCACCACACCCAAGAAGAAGGGAGGAGCCAAAACACCUAAGAAGUCCAAGUCAGCUCAAAAAUGAUCGACAGCGACAUUAACCACAAUACCUUGACCAAAUUAAUAAUUUCAAAAUUCUAAAAUUUGGACAAUACCAUGACCAAAAUUUACACAAAUGCACAUUAUGUCAUUUGUUUCAUCAUUUGCAGAAUCUAUAAAUAAAAAAACAUCAGAUCACUGUGAUCUUAUAAUAAACAAAAGUGUAGCCCUCCUACCAAAUACAAAUGAUCCACACGAGCGAACACAAGAUCUUAACCUGCUGUUAGUCUUUAUUGAUUGACAGGUCUGUAAAUAUAAAGGCUGACACUAGAAAACAAACCUAUUAUUUGAUUUAUACUCCGUUUAGAAACACAGAAGUCUUACUUUCCAUCUCCAAAUUAAACUUUAAACAAUGUGUGUGAUUAUUCCCUUAAAUGUACAUGCUCAAUAAAUACCCAGAUUAGACAUUAACUUUAGCAACUCUGUUCAGUAAUGGUAUAGAUUGAGUGAACUCCAGACGUCAUACAUAUUUAAUAAUCAAAUCCAUCCAAAUGUACCACUCUGCUAACCACUAACAGUCAGUGCAUUCCUACUUCAUUAAACUGAUUAAUCUUGUGGUUUCUGUCUCCCAACAUUUCUGCAUUGGGAAAUUUGUUUCAGGUGAACAAAUGGUGCUUUUCAUGCGGUACUACUGAACCAAUCAAAAGCUCAGUGAUGUAAUUCUUUUUACUUUCAAACAACAUUUUUGUAUGGUUUUGUAUUUUUGUAUUUUUUUUUGUUUAAUUAACAUUUAUUUAACGAGGCAGGCCAGUAAAGAGCAAUCUUAUUUAAACAAAGUAUUGUCUGUAAUGACAUGGUGCUAGUGAAUCUGUGUAAGGAAAUGUAAUAGACACUGUCUGUGGUAGACUUCAUGGCUGCAGUAAGUAUUUAUGUGAGUCUUGAUUACUAAAACCAAGUGCUCACUUUACAUGUAUUGAUUUAGUUUUCAACCAUCCACUCAAUAAUAAUUAUUAUAUUACAAAAAUGUAACCACUCACUGUAAUUACAUUGAAGUUAUACAUCCAUCAACUAUGAUUAGUCAACUGAUAUUUUUGCAGUCGGCUUGAAAGAUCUUUCUUAUUUUUUGAAAUUAUUUUCUCUAUUUUGUAUUGUCCCUCAGUAGGCAGGUUGUUUAAGAAACAUUUGUUGCUAAUAAUGUCAUAGUCACUGAAUUCUGAAGUGUUUUAAAAAAAUAAAAACUACUUAAAAAGACUUGUGUUCAUCCCUUA